AUGCGAUUUGCGAAGUACGAAUGCGACCAUCUGCAGGCGCAGGCACGUAAAAGUAGCAGUUUUCGAUUCUGAGUCGGAGUCCCGCGCGAUUGACGGAGGGGUUAUGAGUGUGUGCGCGCUACCGUCGUCGUCGUCGUCGUCGUCGCCGUCGCUACCGCUGCAGCAGUCGCUCCCGCGCACUGAUUUCUCGGACAAACCGGGCCACCCUCUUCUACUUCUCUCGUCCCCAGCAUCCCGGGUGCUUCUACGAAUAUAUAACUGAAAGAGACUAUACUUAAGUAAAUAGUGUUCAUUAACAAUCCUUGCAGCGGUUGAGCAGAAGCUCCCCCGCACACUAUCGUAACAGUUCCACAUAGGUACAGAGAGACGUAGACACGGCACGCGUUACAGUUGGUAUAAUAACAGCUCCUCGGGGCGAUGCCGCCGAAGAAGCGGGACAGGGAGUCUGAUGCGAGCGCGGUCUCUGGUCUCGGGCUCCAACACCACCAUCACCAUAUCUACAAUCAGAUGCAGUCGCAGCCACAGCAACAGCUACAACAACAACAACAGCAACCGCUGCCGCCACACGCCCAGCCCACUCCAGCCAGGAUGGAUCAAAUGCACUCGCCUAACAACGAGCUCUUCCUGCAGGCUUUCGAGAAACCUACUCAGAUAUAUCGGUUCUUGCGUUCACGAAACGAAGCAUCGCCAAUAUUUCUGUACAGAAACUUGACGUACAUGAGACAACGUAUGUCUCGAAGUCACAAGUCUCGGCAAGGUUUUCGAGUGAAUUCGAUACUCGACAAAGUAAGGGCCAAAAAGGAACAGGAGCAUAACCGCAACUACUUGACCCUCACGUUCCUCGGAUUUUACGAUAAACAGCUAGAAUCUACUCAAGAUCGCGUCAAAGUCGAAACUUUUUUGUUAAAAAUUUGCCACACGAAGCGCAAAGACGUUAGCUCGCCCAUAAUGCAGGUUUCUAUGGGCGUGAGCGAGGUACCGAUAAACCCUACCGAUAAUCAACCGAUAAGGAUACCCGCCAUCUCCAUACCCAGCGAAUCAUUUAGUUUAAAUAACGGCCACGUGGCCAAAACGUACAUGCUGCUGCUUAAGGUUGUGCACUGCGUCUCUAAUAGUGGAUGCCCCACGCAAAACUGUGAUAUAGAAGAGCCAGCGCAAAAGCGGCGCAAGUCAGCCAACGGUACUGCCAUAAAAACAAACAACGGUGAGGAGAUGAAGCUUUACGGCUCAGAACUCAUCGUCUACGACAAAUACAAUCGCUGCCAGUUAAGGGAUGGUGAGUACGUACUCAAUCUCCAGGAGGUUCAGGUCAAUAGCACGAGGUGCAGUCCAAAGAAGCACAGUGCCUGGGAGACGAUCCCAGACAUCAAAGACAGCGUACCUUUCGAGGUCUUCAGUCGCGGUCCCUCGAUCAAGUUCAAGCUCUGCUGGGUCAACGAGGCCAGCAACGGCUUCGUCGAGCGGCCGUCUUCAAAUCCACUGCCAAGCGUUGACAAUAAGGAAAAUCGACCCGGAAACAUCAACAAUAUGUUGAUUACUACUAUUAUUACUAAUAAUAAUAAUAAUACAACACUGCCUACACCUAGUCCGCUUGCAACUUCGAAAAUUUCAGUUGCAAGCUCAGAUAAAAUAGAAGCAGCCAAGGGAAAGCAGCAGAUUGUCUACCAGUUUAUGUACAAUAAUAAUAGUAGACAGCAGACCGAAGCAACGGCAGAUUUUCAUUGCCCCUGGUGUUCGGUCGACUGUGGUAGACUGUAUUCACUCUUGAAGCACUUGAAACUGUGUCACUCGAGAUUCACCUUUACAUAUACUCCAACACCCCAAGGUGCUCGAAUAGAUGUAGCCAUUAAUGAAUGCUACGAUGGUUCUUACUCUGGUAGUCCACAUGAGUUAAUUUCUCAGCCUGUCAACGAGGACUCUAAAAAAGGGCCUACGAGACGCACUAGUGUCACAAAUAUUGUCGUGUGUCGACCUAAAAGACCAAAGCCAAGCCUUUCGGAAUUUUUAGAACUCGACGAAAAUGAGUUUGAAAAUUCUCGGCCCUACAUAUCUGGUCACAAUAGAUUAUAUCAUCAUACAGUUACGUGUUUACCAAUUUAUCCGAAAGAGUUGGAUGUUGAUUCGGAAGGUGAAAAUGAUCCAAAGUGGCUACAGACGAAAACUGUGAUGAUGAUCGACGACUUUACGGAUGUAAAUGAAGGAGAAAAAGAACUUAUAAAGAUGUGGAAUCUUCAUAUUAUGAAGCAUGGAUAUGUGGGUGACUGCCAAAUUCCAUUAGCAUGUCAAAUGUUUCUCGAAAUGAAAGGCCGGGAGCUUCUUAUGAAAAACCUCUAUCGCAACUUUGUUUUGCACAUGAGCAACCUGUUUGACUUUGGUCUCGUAAGUCCUGUCGUUUUGUACCAGACAAUUCAAAAACUUCAAGACUUGAUGAAAGAUGAAGGUGAAGAUGGAGAUAUUCGUAAAGUUCUGCAGGAAUCGCAUGCAGUUCAAGUCGAAAGGUGGAUCACCAAUGGCAGCCAGAAUUCUUCAGAAGUUCAGAAAACCAUAACCAUCAGUCAGGCCAGUAAAGUGAAUUUCAACAAUGAGCCAACAAAUUCGAAUGCAAGACGAAAGACGACGUUACCAAUGGGCUCGCCUCCAGGCACCAAUAUCAAUGGUAUCAAACAUCCGAGCAUGAUGGCUAUAAAGGCAAAUAAUAUUGCAAAGGAUAACCAAAUAAAUAGUGACCUGCCACUAAGUAGACGUAAGAGCACAAAUUCCGUUGUUGUGGAAGAUAGCACUUCAAGUGCAGCCAUGGGUUCAGCGCAUAUGAGACGAAAAUCCAUGGCUAAUGGUAGUGAUAGUGUCAGCGCUGACUUUCCCAAACGAAAAUUAGUCUUAGAUGUGAUGCCGGCUAGUGCUAAUACCAAUCAAAAGACAUCUCAAAAUGGCACUGUGUGUUAAAACCGCAGUCUACCAGCGACUUGGCUAUUAUAGAUUUUUUGCAUGGAAGGGAUGUUCUUCAUUGAUAAACUAUUUCAAUGGAAUGUGUAUGGAUAUUUUAGUUUUAUCUGUACAAGCAAGACAUUGAAUUUAUUAAAUUACAUUAGUGUUUGCAAUGACUGUAUACUACAAGUAUUUGAAUCAUUAAAAACAUUUUUUUAUACUGUUAUUAUUUUUGGGGGAUAUAAUAAUCCAAGCGAUUGAAAAAUACAAAAGUCUUUUUAGUGAUCAUUCUUUUUGUCAAUAAGGAAUGGAGAAUUUAUACAGUUUAAAAAUGUAUAAGCUACGCAUUUUAGUAGUUUGUUGAUAACAGUAUGAGGCUGAUCUUUAUAUUUAAAUAAAUUUCUUUGAGAUGUUGAUUUAUCAAAAUAUUUUAUGACAUUUGGAUUAAUUAGAUUUCGUGAGUCUUUAAAACCAAACAUGACUUUUAUUCCUCCAAUAUGACUUUACAUCAUAAGCAUACUCCACCUCGUGCAUUGUGUUUACAAUGUUUUUGUACAGUAUUUGUUGCACGUAAUGAAUAGUGAAGUUGUAUAAAUAAUUGAAUGAAUCAUUGUCGAUUUCUGCGGAAAUAUGUAAGUUGGUAUGAAGUGUUUGUUACUAUAUCACAAUCUGGUAAUUUUUUUGUCAUGAAAUAAUUUACUUUUUUAGUAACACUAUUUUCUUGAUUAUGUUGAAUGUUUCUUAGUCUCUGCAGUUAUAAAAAAUACGAUUCAAGUGACAAACUCCUAUUUGUUGUAAAAGGCUUAUUAUCCCCUGCAGAGUUCUUCAACAUACUUAACCAACCAAGUAUGUAUUUAACUGUUUAUCAAAACAUUAAUCAAUAAUCGUUUUUUCAGAUGCUCAGUACUUUCAACUUAUUGAGUGACAACAAACAUUUUUUUAAAUAAAAAAUGGUUUUUGAUUUUUUUUUUCAUUUUGCAUGGAGUAUGUUAAAAUAAUCGGUACUAGAAUAGUUAAAAAACAAAUAAAAGAGAUUUUUCCUACUACAUAUCAAAACUGAUGAAUGAUGAAUAAAUUUUUUUUACUAUCACGGAAAAUUUUUACGCUAGUGUUAAGAAAACAGUUAUCGGAGCCAUUAGGAGUUUGUCACUUGAAAUAUCCUUUGAGUACUGUACUAUCUGACACUUUAAACCUCAUUCUGUAAAUAUUUUUAAAACAUUCAAUCCUAAAUUUUUGUUCUUUAAAAAGUAUAUUCAUAGUUCGGGGUAACAGUUCAAAAUCGAUAAUGUAAAGCUUUUUUACUCUAGUCAACAAUAUGUUGAUAUGCUAGUUUAUCUGAUAAAUUUCCACAACUAGUAUAAAUUAGUUUCCGAAAUUUGCCCACUCACGAACAUCAAAGUUGAAUGAAAAAUAACUGAUUACUUUUUGAAAUAUUGUUUAAAAUUAUUUUCAUGUGCACACAUUGUUUGAAAAAAGCAAAAGUCAAUCAAAUAGAAAAAAAUCAACAUAACUGUAAUUCUUCAACUACAUACUCCUAUCACGUGCAUAUAUGUAACAUAUUUAUUAAAUAUGUUACACGCAUGUAUUAUACAUUCAAUAUGCAUGGAAUCAUGUAUUAUAAAAAAAAUUGAAAAUAUACAUCCAAAUACUUCAGUUAAGUAUAUUUGAGUGAAUUAAUGUAGAGUGAAAGUGCCUUUAAAAAAAAUUCCAAGUGUUUCACAAUGCAGAAUAUCCACGGAACGACGGUCUGACAAUAACUGUGAAUUGCAUUGGUGACUCAGUUAAUUUCCUCCCGAUACAAAUGUAAAAAGUGAGCGAAGUGUAAAAAAAAAAAAAAAUAAUAAUAAAAACAACAAUAUUUAUAUUUAGCCAACCAACGUUGUCAUAAUAUAGUAUUUUUCAGCAUCGUAACCGUAAGCACUUUCUAAAAUUGCAUUUCAAAUAUUGCGUUACGCAUAAUACGUGCUGCUUUUAGGGCGGUCUUAUAUGUCAACUAGUUAUUUAAAAAAAUGUUGAUGCGACUUGCAGUAGUCUUAAAAAAUUUGCACAUCAAGUAAUCAAUGUAUUUCGCGAAAAAGAGGAGAUUUUUCACGUAAAUAAUAUUGAUGUAUAUUUUUCACUAUGACACGACUAUGGGUGCACGUUGCUCAAAGCUAGAGCAAUUAAUUGUGUCCGAUGCUUGUAAAUUGAUCCGCUAAGCCACUCGGACAGGUCCAUUUGUGUACUUAUCUACAGAUAUAAAUGUACCUCUGCGACCCACUCCGAUCACUUGUCAGCGAAAACACCAUUAUAAUGGCACAGCGCCGGGAUCAGAAUAUGAUUCUCGUGUUAGCUUCGGAUCUAUGCUAUCGAAGUAUGGUAUAUAUCUAUCUGGCUAUCAUGCAGUUGGGUGGUGUAAUUGACGAAAAAAAAGUGAAAUUCAUUUUUUUGGCAAUCAUGACAUGAUUGUCCACAAAUACUAGUGUUUAUUAUAAGAUGUACAUAGAAAGAAAUUUUCAAUAAACUCUGCGAAUAUUAAAAGCGUGAA